AUCUGCGGGUUCGAAAAUGGCCCUUGUGGGAUGCAAAAUGAUGGGUGGAGAUACUACACACCAACCAACACAAGCAAAAGAUAUGAUCGUUCAUUUUUAGAAGGAGGUGCCUACUACAUUGCAGAUUUUGGUAUCGACAGGUCUAGUACCAGCAAAUUUUCUUUGCAAUGGUUCAAAACAAAACCGUAUUGCAUGCAAUUUUGGUACACUGUUCCUGACAAAUCUAACUCAUCAGUAAAAAUCUGCGCUGAAAAAAACAAUUCAACCAGCUGUCUUUGGAGUACUGUCGGUAGUUAUACUGGCGAAUGGACAUAUGGACAGGUUGAAAUACCCUCAAAUUUGAAUGGGACGCUACAGAUCGUUGGUAACGCCAAGAAAGAUUUCUUGGGAAUUGAUGAUCUAAACUUCGUUGAAAGUCAAUGUUCACAAGUUAUUAUACAAUCCAAUCCCUCGUGCUAUUUUGAUGGUGGCCAUUCCUGUCAAAUGAAAUUCCCUAAGUCAUGGGUGCUCGCACUGCACAAAGAUCAACAAG